AGAACAAGAACAUUUUCGAUCUCAUGUCAUCAUCAGAAAUUUGCUGCCGCUGAAGAAGGAGUAAAAAAGAAAAAUUUGCUUUUAUUUUUCCCAAAAAAAAGAUUCUUGUGAAUCAGGAAUUUUUUGCAAAACUAUUGAAAAUAAAAGGAGAACACAAGCACUGAAAGAUGUUACGAGCGACCAGAAAUAUUGCCUACCGCGAUGCCAACAAACGUGUAAAAUAUUUAUGCAGUAAAAUUGCGGUAUCAAGCCAAGUAACAAAUUAUUCCACCCUAAAUCAAAGAUACGGUGGCAAUCAACACCAGCACAGUAAGGGCAGUGGCAGCAAUUAUCGUCAUCAAAGAACCAAUGAUUUCCUAGUACCUUUGGGUCCCCGCGGCUGGACCAUACCACCAAAUCGCAGCUAUGGCAUGGUGGUAGUGCGUAUUUUGCGUGGAGCCCUUAAGUUGCGUUAUUUAUUGUUGGGCGGUGCCAUCGGUGGUGGCAUGACUUUAAAUAAAAAAUAUGAGGACUGGAAAGAUGGUUUACCCGAUUUAAAAUGGCUAGAAGAAGCUUUGCCUCAGGGUGAAAAAUGGAGUCAAUUUUCAAAAACCCUAAUAGAAGUUGGAGGUGCUGUUAAGGAUGUUAUUGAAAUUGAUCCGAGACUAAAACGACUUGGGGAGGAAAAAUUGGGCGAAUGGAGGCAAUGGUUCGAUAGCCGUUUGGACGAUGCUAUAGAGGCAGCCGAUUAUCAAGGAACAAAUAUAAUUGAAUCCAAAGAUGAAAUUAAAAACAAAACAACAGUAGCUGCUCUUAGUCUUUCUGGUGAUGAGAGCCGUAAAAAAUAUGAAACUUUACAAUCCCAAGUUGAGACCCUACAAACAGAGAUUAUGAAUGUUCAAAUUAAAUAUCAAAAAGAAUUGGAAAAAAUGGAAAAAGAAAAUCGUGAAUUACGUCAACAGUAUUUGAUAUUGAAACAAAAUAAAAAGACCACCACAAAACGUAUUAAGAAAUCUCUUAUCGAUAUGUAUUCCGAGGUUUUAGAUGAAUUAUCCGGUUAUGAUACCAGCUAUUCUAUGGCCGAUCAUUUGCCACGUGUUGUUGUGGUUGGAGAUCAGAGUAGUGGUAAAACUUCAGUUUUAGAAUCAAUUGCUAAAGCUCGUAUCUUUCCACGCGGUAGUGGUGAAAUGAUGACACGUGCUCCUGUCAAAGUAACUUUAGCUGAAGGUCCCUAUCAUGUGGCACAAUUUCGUGAUUCUGAUCGUGAAUAUGAUUUGAAUAAAGAAUCUGAUUUGGCCGAUUUGAGAAGAGAAGUUGAAUUUCGUAUGAGAGCUUCGGUACGUGGUGGCAAGACAGUUAGUAAUGAAGUUAUUUCAAUGACUGUUAAAGGUCCUGGUUUACAACGUAUGGUUUUGGUUGAUUUACCUGGUAUUAUAUCGACAAUGACUGUUGAUAUGGCCUCCGAUACCAAAGAUUCUAUACACCAAAUGACCAAACAUUAUAUGAGUAAUCCAAACGCCAUAAUACUAUGCAUACAAGAUGGCUCUGUGGAUGCUGAACGUAGUAAUGUUACCGAUUUGGUAAUGCAAUGUGAUCCCUUGGGACGUCGCACAAUAUUCGUACUAACAAAAGUGGAUUUAGCCGAAGAACUGGCCGAUCCUGAAAGAAUUAGAAAAAUUUUAUCAGGCAAACUGUUUCCCAUGAAAGCUUUAGGCUAUUAUGCUGUUGUUACCGGCCGAGGACGUAAAGAUGAUAGUAUAGAGGCUAUUAGGCAAUAUGAAGAAAAUUUCUUUAAAAAUUCUAAAUUGUUCCAACGUCGCGGUGUUAUCAUGCCUCAUCAGGUAACUAGCCGUAAUCUUAGUUUAGCUGUCUCUGAUCGUUUUUGGAAAAUGGUUAGAGAAACCAUUGAACAGCAAGCGGAUGCUUUUAAAGCUACACGCUUUAAUUUAGAAACAGAAUGGAAAAAUAAUUUCCCCAGAUUACGUGAAUCCGGUCGUGAUGAGUUGUUUGAUAAGGCCAAGGGUGAAAUACUCGAUGAGGUAGUCACUCUAUCACAACUUUCCGCCAAGAAAUGGGAAGAAGCCUUAAAUGAAAAACUAUGGGAUAAACUUUCAAAUUAUGUAUUUGAAAAUAUUUACCUACCGGCUGCUCAGUCAGGUUCUCAAAAUUCCUUCAACACCAUGGUUGACAUCAAAUUAAGACAAUGGGCUGAACAAGCUUUACCCGCCAAAUCAGUAGAAGCAGGUUGGGAAACUCUACAAAAAGAAUUCAUUACACUCAUGGAUAAAGCUAAAAAAUCUCCCGAUCAUGAUGAUAUAUUUGACAAUCUUAAAUCAGCUGUUGUCGAUGAAGCCAUCCGAAGACAUUCUUGGGAAGAUAAAGCCAUUGAUAUGUUACGUGUAAUACAAUUGAAUACAUUAGAAGAUCGUUUUGUUCAUGAUAAAUCAGAAUGGGAUCAAGCUGUUAAAUUUUUAGAAUGUUCAGUUAAAGCUAAAUUGGCCUUAACGGAAGAGACGCUCAGUGAAAUGUUUGGUCCUGGUCAAUUUACUCGUUUAACACAUUGGAAAUCUUUAACAGAAGAUCAAAAUAAACGACGUCACGUUAAGAAUGAAUUGGAUAAAAUAUUGAAAAAUGAUGAUAAACACUUACCCACUUUAACUUAUGAUGAAUUAACAACAGUACGUAAAAAUCUUCAAAGAGAAGGUGUUGAGGUGGAUACAGAUUAUAUCAGACAGACAUGGUUCCCUGUUUAUAGAAGACAUUUCCUUAAACAAGCCUUACAAAGAGCUAAUGACUGCCGCAAGGCUUACUAUUUAUACAGUCAACAAGGAGCUGAAUGUGAGAUUAAUUGCAGUGAUGUUGUACUAUUUUGGCGCAUACAACAAGUGAUACGUGUAACAGCAAAUGCUUUAAGACAACAGGUUAUAAACCGUGAGGCCAGACGACUUGAUAGAGAAAUAAAAGAAGUCUUAGAUGAAUUUAGUGAAGACGAUGAAAAGAAGGCACAUUUAUUAACGGGCAAAAGAGUAACACUGGCAGAAGAAUUAAUUAAAGUAAGACAAAUUCAGGAGAAACUAGAAGAGUUUAUUAAUAGUCUGAAUCAGGAAAAGUAAAGUUGAUAUAACAACUAGAACAACAUCAUCGUCUCCUACAAAUUAAAGUUUAAAAUUACAUACAAAGAUAUUUUUUUUCUUGUUUAUACUAAUUUAAGACAUUCAUUUUAUAACUCUAGUCCUUCAUUAAAUUUACUCGAUGCUCUUUUUUUUUUGUUUUUGUUUGCUUGAUUUUGCAAAAACUAUUUUAUUUUAUUGGAAUUUUUUUUUUGCUGCUUUUUUUAAUUUGAUUAUUAUUUUUCUAAACCAUCUGUUUGGUUUUAUUUAAAUUUUUGUUUUGAAAAUCAAAACCAGCUUUGGAACUUGUUAGAAUAAAGAUUGACUUACUUACUUA